GGAAACACAUCUGCAGAAAUGGCUGACACCGAAUACAACGCCGAGGAGGCCGCCGAGAUCAAGAAGAGAAGACAGUUCCGCAAGUUUUCUUACCGCGGCAUUGACCUCGACCAGCUCCUCGACCUCUCCUCCGAACAGCUCCGUGAUGUCGUGCACGCCCGUGCCCGCCGCAGGUUCAACCGUGGCCUGAAGCGCAAGCCCAUGGGCCUGAUCAAGAAGCUCCGCAAGGCCAAGCAGGAGGCUCCCGCCAACGAGAAGCCCGAGCUCGUCAAGACCCACCUCCGUAACAUGAUCGUUGUCCCCGAGAUGAUCGGCAGCGUUGUCGGUAUCUACUCCGGCAAGGAGUUCAACCAGGUCGAAGUCAAGCCCGAGAUGGUUGGCCACUACCUGGGAGAAUUCUCCAUCUCAUACAAGCCCGUCAAGCACGGUCGUCCCGGUAUCGGUGCCACCCACUCUUCCCGUUUCAUUCCCCUCAAGUAAACUGGGAAUCAGUCGGUUUGCGGUGUCGCGUGGAGGAAUCAGGCGUCCGGAUGUGCUGGGAGAAGAAAACAAAAAUGGGUGGAUACCAUUUGCGUUGUCUAUAUGGGUCCAUCGUCUACUUGUAUGUCAAGUGCGGGUCAGCUGUUUGCAUCUCAAUAUAAGGUCUUUUGUCGGCAUGUGAACGAACUGAACUGAACUGAUGAUCCGCCUCAUACAUAUUGGGGCGGAGAUGCCUUCCUGAGAUGGGGGUGUCUUAAUUUAACGAACCUUUCAGUGUAUUGAAUUAUAAAGACCUAGGUAUCUGUAUCUACCUGUAGACGC